AUGGAAUGGGCUAGGAACAACAGACACUACGCAAAGGAGCGACAGGCUAUUGGGGAGAUUGCUUCCCCCGAUGAUGUGCGCAAGGUGGUUUACAAAGCUGCUGAAUGCAGCGAUAUCCGCGCUCCAAACGCCAACUGGGACGUCGCGGUUAACAGCAGGGUUCUUGACAUGGCCCUUGAACGGGCGGAUGGUUAUCCUUGCCUUGUGAAUUCUAUGUGGGCUUCCAAGGCAUCCAUUAGGGAUGAGUACAACAAAUGUGAGGGCGAAAAGAACAACUUUUGCGACUUUUGCGUCUACCUAGUCUCACCGUUGAUUUAUCUCAUGACGAGGCCAUAUCCGACAUUGAUUGCCUUCGUGGUAACCCUUCGAUGA